CGUGACGUAAUUUCUCGUAUAUUGAACGUGAACCCGUACUCCCGAAGAACGUAAACAAUCGAGGACCCUACAAAUAACGAAUAGAUCCACAAAAAAGGCACAACCCGUUACUUUUCCCGGCGUAUCCAAAACUUCAAAUAUCACAGAAGGCUGCCUACAGAAGGGAGCGCAAAUCGUCAAUUUUCAACCGUUUACUACUACUAACGAGUGAAUCAAGGAUAAUGGAUCUUCUCGGUGGAAACCGUAAAAUUGAAUGGAAUUCCAUGUUCCAGUUCUCACAGCUGACAAAAGAUUGUCAGUCUCAUCUGAAGAAAGUCUACUCCUGUUUGGCCAUGUGCAUGAUGGCAGCAGCAGUAGGAAGCUACGUGAAUGCUGUGCUUCAUAUCCUUCAGGGUCAAUUCCUCACCACCAUCGCGACCUUGGGCCUUUUCUUCUGGCUGCGCAGCAUUCCUCAGACGGUGGAGAACCAGGGCAAGAGACUGUCCAUCCUCCUCGGAUUUGCCUUCUGUGUCGGUGUGAGCACUGGCCCUCUUCUCAAGGUUGUUGCAGAAAUUGAUCCUACGAUCAUCACGACAGCAUUCAUGGCUACCACUGUAGUGUUUGUGUGCUUCAGUCUAGCUGCAUUGAUGUCACAACAGAGAACUAUGCUCUUCUUAGCAGGACCUCUGAUGUCAGGUCUGUCCAUGAUGUUCAUCAUGUCUAUUGUCAACAUCUUCUUCAGGUCAGCCAUGGUGUUUCAGUUUGGUCUGUAUCUUGGAGUAGUGAUCUUCAGUGCAUUCAUCCUCUUUGACACCCAACUCAUCGUUGAGAAACAUCUGAGAGGUGAUAGAGACUUCAUCAUGCACUCUGUGGACCUAUUCCUAGACUUUGUCAACCUGUUCCGUCAUAUCCUCAUCCUGUUGGCUCAGAACAAUGAGAAAAAGGACCGUCGUAACAGGAGGAAGUAGAUUCACAUCAGGCAACCUGUUAAAACAUUCUCAUCUCAACAAGCAUUCUAGGAGGAUCAGAAACC